AUGAACACCUCAAGACUCCAACUCACCACCCGUCUCGCCCGACUCGCCGCUCCUCCUCGUCGCUCCGCACUCUCUCACUCCCGCCUCACACCCUCCUGGCCCCCAAUCGCAACCACAACACUGACCUCCCGGCGCUGCAUCUCAGAACCCGCAUACCAACCUCCUCAACCACAACAACCACACCCUCCCACGCCUCCAAAGUCGAACCCGCACCGCGAGUUCUACUACACAUUCGGCUCCCCCGUACUCAAAGUCUUCCUCGGCGCCCUCUUCACAUACGAGCUCCUGCUCUUCGCAUGGCUGAAGCUCGAGAACAUUGAAUUGGCCAGGGAUCUGAAAGGCCAGGUCGCUGCGCUAGAGGCGCAAUUGGCAGAGCUGACGCAGCGGAAAUGA